UUAUAUGGGUCGGGGUAUGAUAUUUGCUCCAUAAUCUCAAUCUUAACGCACCGUUCAGUCAUGUCAUGUGACCAUGAAAUUGGUCGAGUUUCCGUCUAUCGGUCUGAAACAUCAAAAAACAGCAUUUGUAGAAUAAGAAGUAGAAUGUGAUUAGAUUUCUUGAGCAGUUCUUGAGUUCGUUUUUGUAUUUUGACUCUUUUUAGUAAUUACAAAUAAAGAUAGAUCCGAUUCAACAUUAACGUGAUGGUCAAAUUCAUAUCCUUCUUAUGCAUUCUUCUUCUUGCCUACAUUAAUCUUGCUUUUGCUUCUGAGUCUGAUCACAAGUAUCAGGUAGAUGCUCCUGUUACUCUUUGGGUAAACAAAGUUGGACCUUAUAAUAAUCCACAAGAAACAUACAACUACUACAGUCUUCCCUUUUGCCAGCCACAACCUGGAAAUGCUGCUCACAAAUGGGGAGGACUUGGAGAGGUUCUUGGUGGAAAUGAACUCAUUGAUAGUCAGAUUGAAAUAAAAUAUCAGAAAAAUGUUGAUAGAAGUUCCAUCUGUGAGAUUAAUUUAGACGCACCGAAGGUAAAGGAGUUCAAGGAUGCAAUUGAGAGUUCGUAUUGGUUUGAAUUCUUCAUGGAUGAUCUGCCUUUAUGGGGUUUCGUUGGUGAACCACAUUCCGAUAAAAGCGGUGAUGACAGCAGGCAUAUGCUUUAUACACAUAAGAACAUUGUUAUUAAAUACAAUGGAGAGCAGAUUAUUCAUGUUAAUCUAACUCAAGAAAGCCCUAAACCACUGGAAGUGGGAAAGGUGAUAGACAUGACGUAUUCAGUGAAGUGGAUCCCGACAGAUAUCACUUUUGCACGGCGAUUUGAUGUUUACUUGGACUAUCCUUUCUUUGAGCAUCAGAUUCAUUGGUUCUCAAUUUUUAAUUCUUUCAUGAUGGUUAUCUUUCUCACUGGCUUGGUAUCGAUGAUAUUGGUGAGAACUCUUCGGAAUGAUUAUGCAAAGUAUGCUCGGGAAGAUGAUGAUCUUGAGACUCUGGAAAGAGAGGUGAGCGAAGAGUCUGGAUGGAAACUUGUCCAUGGGGAUGUAUUCCGCCCUCCCCGCUGUUUGAAUCUACUUGCAGCAGUUGUUGGGACAGGUGCUCAGCUUGCCAUGCUUGUUCUCCUUGUCAUCCUAUUGGCAAUCAUUGGGAUGUUAUACAUCGGCCGAGGAGCGAUUGUCACUACUUUUAUAGUAUGCUAUGCUCUUACAUCAUUUAUCUCGGGUUAUGUGAGUGGUGGGCUGUACUCACGCCAUGGUGGUAAAAGCUGGAUUAAGUCAAUGAUGCUAACAGCAUCACUUUUCCCAUUUUUGGUCUUUGGUAUUGGUUUGUUUCUGAACGCAAUUGCUAUAUCUUAUGGAUCUCUGGCUGCAAUUCCUUUCGGUACCAUGAUGGUUGUGUUUGUCAUUUGGGCUUUCAUUUCCUUCCCUCUGGCACUUCUGGGAACGGUUGUUGGAAGAAACUGGAACGGUGCUCUAAACAAUCCCUGCCGUGUAAAGACCAUUCCUCGUCCAAUCCCUGAAAAAAAAUGGUAUCUCACGCCCUCUGUUGUGUCUAUAUUCGGAGGACUGCUUCCUUUUGGCAGCAUAUUCAUCGAGAUGUAUUUUGUGUUCACAUCAUUUUGGAACUAUAAGGUGUAUUACGUCUAUGGCUUUAUGUUGCUAGUUUUCUUGAUUCUCACCAUCGUCACUGUAUGUGUUACAAUUGUGGGAACAUACUUCUUGCUCAAUGCUGAGAACUAUCAUUGGCAAUGGACAUCAUUCUUCUCUGCUGCUUCAACAGCUGUAUACGUAUACCUCUACUCCAUAUAUUACUAUUGCGUGAAGACAAAGAUGUCAGGCUUCUUCCAGACCAGCUUCUAUUUCGGGUACACUAUGAUGUUCUGUCUCGGUUUAGGAAUCCUCUGUGGUGCCGUUGGUUACUUGGGGUCAACUUUAUUUGUGAGGAGGAUCUAUAGAAACAUCAAAUGUGAUUAAUACGAAGAAAACAACCAAAGGUCGUAGUUGCUUUCAGAGUCCAACCAUUGAGAAAAUAUAACAGGUGCUUUUUUUGAUGAGAAGCUUAGUCGGGAACCAACAAAUAUAUCACGGAAAUAGAAAUCUUGAAGGAGCUUUAGUGUUAAUGUCAUUUUUGGUGCACUUGGGAAGGUAUUUUUUCUUUCCCCAGCUGUUAUUGUAAACCUUCCUUACCUGAUUAUGGUGCAGUAACUGUUCAAAUGUAUGGUCUAGAGAAGCAAUCCUAUAUGAUCAGAUUAUCUGUACCUGUUACAUUGUAUUUUUGGUAGUAUUUGAUCAAUCAAAUUUCUUCUUUCCCAUUUUGAGACA